AUGUCCACGCCGUUCCAAGACUUUAAGACGUUCUGCAAUAAAGUGGGCUUGGACUUCCAAUGGGCUAAUACACAGUCCCCCAAACCUACUCCCGAAACUAACCCUUCUGAAAUCCCUUCAGCUGUCAAUGAAACAAGACAAGAAAGUCCCAAAGAUUCUGUCAACUGCGUAUUUACUGAUAUCAAGAACGCACAGCUUUGGAACGUCUUCAAAAAGGGUGGCGUAAAUACUCUUCCCACUGAGCCGGCUCGAUCAAACACGUCUGAGACAAAUGCUAGUAAAACCGAUUGUGCUAUUCAUAAUGAUUUCGCCAUGAUGGAUGCAUCACCGCCAACACCAUCCGCUGCGGGCCAGAACGAAAACAGUGGCCCCUCUUCAACGCAUGGCAGUGACGCAACUGCCCCAUCUACAGCGGCCUCGGUAUCCACCAACCAUGAGCCGGUGCCCUCAUUGGCCUCCUCGGUCAGCACUUCCUCUUCAGUUUACUCRUCAUGGGACCCCCCUCAUCCUCCAUCUUCAUCWUCUUUCCCUGYUGCUGCUGCUGCCGCYGCUGCUAUURCCCCAUACAACCAUUCCAAGGACUGCAGGUCAAAACAGACAAACGAAUACACUGUUCUAUUUGACAUUUCCUGCCUGAGCACAGUUGACACUGUCAGCCACCAUGAAGGUUCCCAAGAUUGUCRCCGUCGCUUUCCUGACAUGACAUCUCCAGCUGACGACGCCCGCUCAUCAGCUYUAGUCACACCCUCUCCUACGCCGCGCCAUCAAGAUGUGAACCGCAGUGGUUGCUCCACAGCYGCCUGCACUGCUUCGAACUCCACCGCCGCCACCACCACGACUCYCUCAUACAUGGAAAAGUACCUCAACAAGCCACGAAACUGGUUUGAAAAGACCAUGGGCAARUAYUGUCCUUUGUUCCUUAGAAGCACCAAGAACAUUGACUACGACUCUACUGAGUUCAUGUUUGAACGAAAAAUGAUAGCCGUCCAAUUCCUGCUUCUAGACGAACAYUCGGAGCCCAGGCUGUACUACAACCCUACCAAUGGAGCCGUUCCGUUCUGGAAAAGACCGUUUAACUUCGACAUGAUGCCCAGCUACGACCAACUCUUGGACGAGGCCGAGCGCUCUUUCGAUACUUAYCAGUACAGGUAUGUGGGGUUCCAAAGAAUAGAGCCGUACUCCAUUUUCUGUCCCUGGAAGAACACCCAAAGRGAAAUAGACCUGGUGCUUGACCACAUCCAUUUCUCCUUCAAUGUUGGCAGAAAAAAGUCUCUCCAACGGAAGGGAAACAUYACGCUCGAUACGCUGGACAGCGACAUCGACCGCGAUAUUAGAAUCGAGCCUUACCGGCCUUUUCCUUCCGACAAUCUUGUGUACGAGGGCCUCACACACCCUGCCGAACAGUCUUUCGUUGCUGGGAGCCCGGACGCAUCGCUUAUCGAGAAGGGGUACCAGGCACUAGUCGAUAUCUGUAGGGAGUCUCGCCCACCAUCCAAUGACUUCCCUUCCCGCAGUCUCGUUAGCGCUCCACAGAUCGCAGCUUCACAGAUCGCAGCUCCACCUAAUACUUGCCGCCUAGUUCUUGUUCGUGAAUGUCGCACGGCUUCCGAGUCGGAGCUCAAUAAGGCCUUCUGGUUUAAUUCAAAGAGAAAGGACGUCACGGUAACCGUACCAGCACCUCCCUCUCCUGCUUCUUCCUCUCCCCCCUCUCCUCCCUUUUGCACAACAAAAGGCCUCCCACGAAAGUGGUUCUUCCCUCUUGUCCGCCGCCAGUGA